AGGAGACGGGAGAGAGUCAGGGGGGAUGGGGUCACAGGAGGGAGAAUGAGGCCGGUGACAGCCGCAGCAGUUACGACAGGGAGUCACACGGGUUGAGAGAGCGGUCCCGUCAUAGCGGUGACUUGGCCAGGAGACUGAACGGAGAUGCGGCCAGAGACACUGAUGAAGUCAGAGAUGGAGGCAGUCUCAGAGACAUGGAUGGAGGCAUUGAAAGGGAGAGAGACCGAGGGAGGAGCUGGACCUACAGAGAGGGAUCAGACAGACAUGUCCACUUUCAGGAUCAGUCUAAGCGCUGCCACAGUUACCACGGCGACCGCAGCAGCGGAGUGUGGGAGAUGCUCGGACAGGUGCUGAGAGAGAGGGGCGUUGCUGUAAGAUUCCAGAGUGGGUCACUGCAGGUCAGAGGUCAGGCAAGGGACAGCCUGGUGCUGGAUGGGAGUGAUGUCUCAUAUAGUGACACCCAAUCACAACAGAGGGCUUUCCAGAGGGCCACACCCAGCAGGCGCAGUUACCAUGGUGAUGGAAGGGAAAGGAGAAAACCGCCACACAGGGGGGAGAGAGACAGAGGUUCUGGAGGAGACCCUUCCAGGGACCAUGACGACACUCCGAGAGAGGAGCAUUGUGGGCCAGAGUUCUGGGAGGAAGAGCAGAGUCGCGGCGGGAUCAAAGAGAGAAGCGGAAGCCAGAGGAGGAGGAGAGACGGGGCCCGCUCAGGGAGGCCAGAGGAGAGGCUGCAGGGCAGGCGGACCCUGAACGAGCACAGAGUCAGGAGAAGUGUGAGUGAACGCUGGCAUGGGCACAAGGAGGAGGAGGCGUACUGCUCAGAGGAGGAGCAGGAGAGGAGGGAGGAGAGGCCACGGAGCCUCGCGCAGCGCAGCCAAAGCUUCUGCAGCCGAGGCGCCUCAACCAGGGCUAGGGCCAGGCGUGGAGGAGCAGGGGCGGGGCUGAAGCCUGAGGGGGCGUGCCUGGAUAUGGGGGAGCUGCAGCAGGUGCUGUUGGAUGAGGAGCUGGCCCGCAGGCUGCAGGAAGAGGAGGAGAGACUCCUCCGGAGGAGUCCCCAGCCUACACCCUCUCCACUUAACUCUUACCCAGAAGGAGACUUCAGAGUUGCACAAGUGGCUCAGGAUGAGGAAAUUGCCCGCUUCAUGCAGAAGCAGGAAAUGAAAUCUAAGCGCCAGUCGCGUGAGCUGGAUGUCCUGGAGUCAUGGCGUGAUCCCAGAGAAACGUCCCACCCCCAGGACAGGAGACCACCCAGGGAGAGACAGAGAGAGAGACUGGACUCUGAGGGUCUUCCUUCUCCCAGUGAGGACUACUCCCCACACCAGCAGCCUCCCAGCCCCACCUCUACCAGCCUACAAGCCUUUCCAAUCCGAAAUAUUGCUGAGGAACUGGACCCGACCUUCAAGGCCAGGAGGCAGAGCAAGGACAGCCUCCGAGUGGGACAGACCAUGUCAGGCUCCCCAGCCUGUCAGUCACCUCCCGUCCCUCACUCCGGUCGACACGACUUCCUGGAGGAGCCUGCCUUCAUCCCGCCCACCAAGCGGCACAGUGACAAAUCAGGAUGCAUUAAACCCAAAGAAAAGAAGAACUGCAAGCAGCAGUGACAGGAGAUCCUCGAAGCACAAUGAUCAUCUUUAUAGAAAAGCUCAACUAAACAGUCAGUCCACUGCUCUGACAGGCGGCAGUUAGACUUUCUCUGUUGAAGACCUAUCUCACUUAGAUGUCCCAAGUAGCACUUUAAAUGGACUGUAAAAUUGAUUUAUUGGUUUACAAAUCAUAGCAUGUACUGGAGCUCUGGUUAGGGCUCCUAACCCAGUAGUGUUCAAAAGGGAACAAUGACAGUUGAACAGACCAUGGAUCUUCAGUGGUUGUGAGAGAACAUUGAUGUCAAACACUACCAAUUGUGUUAAUUACUUUUAUUUGUUGUUUGGGAGACAUGAUGGGAGAUACUCUGCUUCACUCUUGGCAGCACAGCAUGCAUCUAAGCACUCCAGCUGAUAGGCCUAUACAGUGCAGACAGACAGGCAUC